AUGCCACCUUAUACUCAAUACCAGUCCUCGAGUAAUCCGGAGGACUUGAGGCAAGAAAUGCCCCCCGUGUCAAUGACACCAAAUAGUGAUGAAUUUGAAGAAAAUGUUGGAAGUUGUCAUGAUGUUGAUGAAAUGUUCUUUGACAUAAAUGAAGAUUUGGAGGGUACCACUGUUGUCCCGGAUGAUGAGAGGACUAAAAGAGAUGAUGAUGGGAAGCCUGUGUAUCUGACUAUUGGUUGUGCCCGUGGUGGAAAGUACCAUCCUAAGCCAAACACUAAUAUCUCGAAGCCACGGGCAACAACUAAAAUGGGUUGUAAGGCCAAGGUAAAUGCAACGUUGAACAAAAAUGGGAAAUGGGUUUUCACCACUAUUAAGAAUUCUCACAACCAUAUUACUGUGAGCCCCAAGAAAAGUAAACUAUUGAAAUCUCACAAGCACCUAGAUCAAUACAGUCAAAGGAUCCUGGAGCUGAAUGAUAGAGCCGGUAUACGAAGGAAUAAGAACUUUUAUUCUCUUAUUGUUGACGUGGGGGGUUAUGAGAAUCUGGCUUUUCAAGAGAAAUAUUGUAGGAAUUACAUUGACAACGCUAGAUAUUUAAGGUUGGGCAAAGGAUGUAGUGAUGCACUUAAUGAGUAUUUCAAGAGAAUGAGAGAUCAGAAUGAUGGCUUCGUUUCUAACAUGGACGUGGAUGAUGAGGGAAUGCUACAGAAUGUGUUUUGGGCUUAUGCACAUAGUCGAGCCGCCUAUGAGUAUUUUGGAGUACAACGUAUCUAA